CUGAGGAAACCGGAAGACUCACGUCACAAGGAGGCAGGGCUGGGCUAGAGCGGCCAUGGGCUCGAGGUCCCGGUCCCGGGAGCGGCGCCGGAGGAGAAGUCGGUCCAGAUCGGGAUCGAGGGAGAAUCGGAGGAGAAGGAGACGAGAGCGGGAAGGGAGCUCGGAGGAAGACAGCUACAGAUGGAGGAAGAGGAAAGAAAAAAGCAGGGACCACCGCUCCAAGAGAUCUCCGAAACGCUUGUCGCGAUCCCGGGACCGUUCCCCGAGCUCAGAUUCCUCUCCGGAAAAACGAGGCCGCGGCGGCGAGCGGAAGGGCAAGAGGAGCCGGAAACGGUCGGCCUCACGGUCCUCUGUGUCCUCCGUGACCUCCCCUUCACCCUCCCGCUCGCAGACCUCCCAGGGGGACCUCGGCGAGCAGCUGAGCCUCCAGGAGCGCCUGCGGCUGAAAGAGGAGAAGAAGAAGCAGAAGGAGCUGAUGAAGGUGCUGGAGACACCCGAGGAGAAGCGGGCCCGGCGCUUGGCCAAGAAAGAAGCCAAGGAACGGAAGAAGCGCGAGAAGAUGGGCUGGGGGGAAGAGUAUAUGGGGUACACCAAUACCGACAACCCUUUCGGGGAUAACAACCUGUUAGGGGCUUUCAUCUGGAGCAAGGCUUUGGAGAAAAAGGGGAUCGGCCACCUGGCCGAGAAGGAACUUAAAGAACGGAACAAGCAGAUUCAAGAGGAUAACCGGCUGGAGCUCCAGAAGGUGAAGCAGCUGCGGCUGGAACGGGAGCGCGAGAAGGCCAUGCGGGAGCAAGAACUUGAGAUGCUUCAGCGGGAGAAAGAAGCAGAGCAUUUCAAAACCUGGGAAGAGCAGGAAGAUAAUUUUCACCUCCAGCAGGCCAAGCUACGCUCCAAAAUCAGGAUUCGGGACGGGCGCGCCAAGCCCAUCGACCUCCUGGCAAAAUACAUCAGUGCUGAAGACGAUGAUCUGGCGGUGGAAAUGCAUGAGCCGUACACAUUUCUGAAUGGACUCACUGUCUCGGACAUGGAGGACCUUCUGGAAGACAUCCAGGUUUACAUGGAGCUGGAGCAAGGGAAGAACGUGGAUUUCUGGAGGGACAUGACCAUUAUCACGGAAGACGAGAUCGCCAAGCUACGGAAACUGGAAGCCUUCGGGAAAGGGCCGGGCGAGCGUCGGGAAGGCGUGAACGCCUCGGUCAGUGCCGACGUCCAGUCAGUCUUCAAGGGGAAGACCUACAAUCAGCUCCAGGUCAUUUACCAGGGGAUUGAGGGCAGGAUCCUGGCCGGGGGUCCCAACCUCGACAUCGGUUACUGGGAGAGCCUGCUGCAGCAACUCAAGGCCUACAUGGCGCGGGCGAGGCUACGGGAGCGGCAUCAAGAUGUCCUACGCCAGAAACUGUACAAGCUGAAGCAGGAGCAGGGGGUGGAGAGUGAGCCGCUGUUCCCCAUCAUCAAGAAAGAGCCGUCCUCUCCCGGCGAGAGCUGCAGCAAGAGGGCAGAAGCCGAAGAGGGCACCUCGGCCCAGCCUGGUCCCUCUCUGGCGGAGUCUGGAACUGAGCCAGAAUCCGAAGCCAAAACUGAAGGGGAAGGGGAGGCGGUCCUCAUUGAGGAGGACCUGAUCCAGCAGAGUUUGGAUGACUACGACGCCGGCAAGUACAGCCCGCGACUGCUGACCUCCCACGAGCUGCCGUUCGAUGCCCAUGUGGUGGAAGCCGAUGAGGACUUCCAGCGCCUCCUGCUCUCCCGGCAGCAGCUUCAGGUCACAGGGGAUGCCACCGAGAGCGCCGAGGACAUUUUUUUCCGCCGCGCCAAGGAAGGCAUGGGGGCUGACGAGGCCCAGUUCAGCGUGGAGAUGCCGCUCACCGGCAAAGCGUACCUCUGGGCCGACAAGUACCGCCCGAGGAAGCCCCGUUUCUUCAACCGCGUCCACACCGGCUUCGAGUGGAAUAAGUACAACCAGACGCACUACGAUUUCGACAACCCUCCGCCCAAGAUCGUGCAGGGCUACAAGUUUAACAUCUUUUACCCGGACCUGAUCGACAAGCGCUCCACGCCGGAAUACUUCCUCGAGGCCUGCCCAGAUAACAAGGACUUCGCCACCCUCCGCUUCCACGCCGGGCCCCCCUACGAGGACAUCGCCUUCAAGAUCGUCAACCGGGAGUGGGAAUACUCGCACCGCCACGGCUUCCGCUGCCAGUUCGCCAACGGGAUCUUCCAGCUCUGGUUCCAUUUUAAGCGGUACCGUUACCGGCGGUGAAGCGGCUGCCCCGGGUUUGGCCCCGGGAGAACUGGAGGGGUGAGGCAUUUGGUGGUGGUGGGGAAGCCAAUUCAAAAUAAGGAGAUUUUGGCUGCCUCUUUUAAACAAGGUGGCGCCUCGCCCCCCCCCAGGUGGAUUUCCAACCGCUUUCGGUGUUUCUUGUCGAGGGGGUCGUUUCUUCUGUCCAAGGAUUUGGUGUAGGCGAUUAGAACUCGGAUCCCAUCCAAAAUUGCGCUGACCUCUUCCUGUAGAUUUUUUCCCCCAGGGGUUCAUUUCCUUUUUCGGGCACUAGAUGGCAGCCUUCUCAAACCUAGGUUCUUGGGUCUUGUGUUCCGGAUUCCAUACAAACCCAUUCCAACAGUUUUUUGCCGUUGUUUUCUUGAGACUGUAUCCAUCCAGAGAGUUUUGUCUCUUGGAAAAACUGGUCUGGUCACAAUAAAGACAUUUUUUUCCCUUGG